AUGUCUGAUAAUAUAGUCCGUUCAUUUAAUCUUGAAGUUAUGGAUUGCCCCAUCUGUUGCGAACCGUUAAUUCCUCCAAUUAUUCAGUGUGAGAAUGGCCACACAACUUGCAGCACAUGCUCUGUGAAGGUUAAAAAUUGCCAUUCUUGCACUUUGCCCAUAGGAUCAAUGAGAAAUCGGGCAAUGGAAGCGGUCGUGGAGGCUGUUACAGUGUUUUGCCAGAACAAAAUUUAUGGAUGCACUGAAAGCUUCAGUUACGACGCAAAGACAAAACACGAGAAAUUCGGUGUUUCUCUGAAUUUGGAUGAUAUGGGCUUACUUAUCCAAGAGGACACAUCAGACAUUGUGUUUGUUCUGAACAACACAACGUCUUCUUAUGGGAAUAUUAUAACUGUGUUUUGUCUGGGACCAAUGUCAAACGGACGCUGCCCUUAUGACAUCGAAAUAAAAUUUACUGAAUCCUCCGUUGAUAGGUUUCAUUCUUCUACGAAGAAUUUUCAAGACACCAACAGUUACAACCGUUCGUUGACAGGGUUACUUAUUGAUAGCAGUGAUCGUGAUUUGUUUCCUGACGGGUUGGUAAAGAUGGAGCUUUGUGUAUGUCGAUCAUGGGAGCUUGGUUCGGAGGAUGACAUAUAA